AUGGGAGGUGUAGAGGAUGAUGAGCCACCAUCAAAACGUGUAAAAGUGUCCUCUGGAAAAUUGGAAGGUCAUUCAAACGGUACGUCUCUUAGGGAGCCUUCAAGUUGCUCAUUGAGUGACUCGAUGGCACGACCUCUGGCAUCUGAAGGGGAGGUCGAAAUUGCUGGUUCAAAAGGGGUUUUUAAGAAAGUGGAACUUGUCCGAAUCAUAGCUGAGGCAUUAUAUUCUCUUGGCUAUAAGAAUACUGGGGCACAACUAGAGGAAGAGUCAGGGAUACCCUUGCAUCCAAGUGUAGUAAAAUUGUUUACACAGCAAAUCCUGGAUGGUAAUUGGGAUGAAAGUGUAGCCACAUUGCAUAAAAUCAUUCUACUGGAUGAAACCAUCAUUAAGUUAGCAUCUUCUUUAAUACUGGAGCAGAAAUUUUUUGAACUUUUGGAUGAAGGAAAAAUUAUGGAUGCCUUGAAGACAUUGAGGACUGAAAUUGCACCUCUCUGCAUAAACAAUAAUAGAGUUCGCGACCUUUCUUCUUGUAUUGUAUAUCCUUCACAACAUGCACCUAUUGGAAUUUCUGCUGAAGAUGGUAUGAGGGUCAAGUCACGGCCAAAACUACUGGAGGAAUUGCAGAAAUUGCUUCCACCAACAGUGAUCAUCCCGGAAGGAAGGUUGAUACAUCUUGUUGAACAGGCUCUUGACCUGCAACGAGAUGCUUGCUUGUUUCACAACUCUGUGGUUGAGGAAAUGUCGUUGUUAACUGAUCACCAGUGUGGAAGAGACCAUAUUCCUUCCCAUACUUUGCAGAUAUUACAAGAACACACUGAUGAAGUCUGGUUCUUACAAUUUUCUCAUAAUGGGAGAUACUUAGCAUCAUCAUCCAAGGAUCGCUCGGCCAUUAUAUGGGAGAUUGAUGCUCAUGGAAGAGGCUCCUUAAAGCAUAGAUUAUCUGGUCACCAGAAACCUGUCUGUUUUGUAUCAUGGAGCCCUGAUGACCAGCAGCUCCUCACCUGUGGGGUAGAGGAGGCUGUCAGACGCUGGGAUGUUUCAUCUGGGGAAUGCCUCUAUGUUUACCAAAAGGUUGGCCUUGGUUUGGUCUCCUGUGCUUGGUCUCCCGAUGGCAAAUUAAUAUUCUCUGGGAUUACAGAUAAGAGCAUUUGCAAGUGGGAUUUGGGUGGGAAAGAGCUGGAAUGUUGGAAAGGGCAGCGAACUGUAAGCAUCUCAGAUUUGGGAGUAACAAACGAUGGGAAGCAGAUCAUUACUGUUUGUAGAGACAAUGCAAUAUUAUUGCUCGACUGGGAAGCAAGAGCUGAGAAACUAAUUGAGGAGGAUCAAAUAGUAACUUCAUUUUCAUUGUCCAAGGACAGUAAGUUCCUGCUUGUUAGCCUUUGGAACCAAGAAAUCCAUCUUUGGAAUGUAGAGGGAGGUGUAAGGCUCGUUGCCAAGUACAAAGGCCAUGCUCGUUCUCGGUUUGUUGUUAGAUCCUGUUUUGGUGGAUUGGAGCAAGCAUUUAUUGCCAGUGGCAGUGAGGAUUCACAGGUUUAUAUAUGGCACAGAGGCUCAGGAAAGCUUGUAGGGUCAUUGCCGGGGCAUACUGGAUCUGUCAACAGUGUUUGCUGGAAUCCAGUAAAUCACCAUAUGUUAGCUUCAGCCAGUGAUGAUCGUACGAUUCGCAUAUGGGGCCUAAAUAAGUUAUCACCGAAAAGACUCCCAAAUCAUCUGCACUACCGCCCACUGCGGCGCCAUCUGGGAAAAUGGGCAGUUGACAGCUGGAAAUCCAAUAAGGCUUUGCAACUUUUUGAGUACCCAAAUGAAGUUGAGCUUGAAUCUGUGCUUAAGACCAUUGAGGCCUUCCCUCCAAUCGUUUUCACCGAUGAGGUGAGGAGUUUGGAGGAAAAGCUUGCCGAUGCGGCAUUGGGAAAUGCUUUUCUGUUGCAAGGAGGGGUUUGUGCUGAGAGUUUCAAGGAGUUCAGUGUGGGAAGAAUGGCGGGUCAAUUUGCCAAGUCGAGAUCAGAUCCAUUGGAGGAGAAAAAUGGAGUGAAGCUGUCAAGUUACAAGGGAGACAAUAUCAAUGGUGAUGCUUUUAAUGAGAAAUUGAGAAUUCCGGACCCUCAAAGGAUGAUAAGGGCUUAUUGCGAAGCUGCGGGCAACUCUGAACCUUCUUAGAGCCUUUGCAAUUGGAGUUUAUGUUGCGAUGCAUAGGGUCACACAGUGGAAUCUUGAUUUUGUGGAGCACAAUGAGCAGGGAGAUAAGUUUGUAUAAGAAAAA